AACGGGCGAAGGGAGGAACCAAGUGCACGGGUUGUGUUGCACCGCCGGACGGAUUGGAGAGUCGGACAGGAAGCGGAGGUUGUCGUGGAGGCGCGUCCCCAUUGUUAGUUUCAUGAUUUAAAAAUGGCAGAGACAGAAGUCAACACAGUGUUUCUGCAGCAACUGAUGGAGUUGGGUAUUUCUGAAGAUAAAGCCAAGGAGGCUCUGGUUAAAACUGGAAAUCAAUCCAGUGAUUGUGCUGCUAUGUUUUACUUCAGUGAGCUUGAAAUGUUUCCUGGGCUUGAAGCUAAUGAGUCCUUGAAUGAUGAGUACAAGAUGGUACUUGUUGUGAACAUGGAAUUGACCAUGGGAAUCGGAAAGGUUGCAGCACAGGUGGCGCACGCUGCUUUGGGCUUGUAUCAGAUGAUGAUGGAGGAAUCAGACAAAUGGCAGACGACGCUGAGAAUAUGGGACGACGAUGGAGGCAAGAAGAUUGUAUUGAAGGGAAUGAACACUGGGCAUCUCCUGGAGUUACAAGAUCUGGCAUGUCGACAGAAGCUACCAAAUUACUUGGUACAAGAUGCAGGAAGGACACAGAUUGCAGCUGGAUCCCGCACAGUCUUGGCAAUCAUGGGCGAGGAGAAGUUGGUCAAUCAGAUAACAGGGAGUCUCCCAUUGUUGUGACAUUAACAACUAACACUGGCUUCUACAGAAAUGGUGACUGGAGGAAUAAAGAAAAAGACAUUGAAUGAUAAUAGCUGGAAACCCUGCAUGAUGAACAGAUACAUUCUUGCUGCCAUAUAAUUUGAAUCUUAAAUUUUAAGUAUUAUUGCUGUUGUGCUGAUGUUUGAAGGUUAGUAUUCGUCCUUCCAAACAAAAUAUCACCUUUUGGUUCAACGGUAUUAUGUUUGAAAUACUGUCAAUUUUCAAAAUCAUUUGGACUGAAUGCUACAUAGGACAAAGGACAUUUGUGAAGGAAAAGAAACUGAUAUUCGGCAAGCAGCUGGAGUUGUCUUUCAUUGAUGCGGGCAAUAAUAGCAGAUUAAUGGUUAAGCUUCCGGAUAGAUGGUGAUCAGUAAUCCUGAUCUUUUCAUGCUGAAUCAGAAUGUUUCUGCUUAAUGGUUCAGGAUGUACGAAAUUAUGAAUAACAAAAUAAUUCAAAUGAAUGUGAAGGAAAUGUGCCGCCUGCAAAAUUUGGGCAUUGAACAAGCAUUUAUUGAAUGGUCAUGUACUAACUAUGGUCCAGUUAUACCACAACUUAGCUGGUACCUGUGAUAUUCUAGUUAAGUGUUUUUUUAUAAAUUAUUCUGGUCCUGCUAUGAGAUUUCCAGCUGUCAGUGAGGUUGGUCAAUCUCAGUGCACCAGGAAUCAUUACCAUGUUAAGUGUGUUUUGGAUUUUGUCAUUUAAAAUGUAUUAAUUAUUUCAAAUUAAAGUUUUUAAGUUA